AUGAAUAUUGCCGAAAUGCAAGACUAUUCACAAAGAAAUGGGCAACCAGUCAAAGGCCAGAUGAAAGGAGCUUUCUGUUUCUUGAAGACUCAUUAUCUGACCGCUCGGGUACACACAUGCCACAUUUUGCCCUUGGAAGAAAAGCCGCCAAACAUUGAUGUGGUCAGCCUUCAAAAGCCGUUGCGCGAAAUCUAUGACGACAAAGUUCUUGAAGGAGCUGAUUCUAUGGUUCAACACGAACCAUUGAUAGGGAGCUCACAGAGGAAUUUUGCAUCGAUCGUCCAAGAGUAUUCCCCUCUAGCUUCUUACGUCAACUCUUCGGUCAAUUUAAAUGGAAUCACUCAAGAAUUCUUCAGUAAUCCAGCAGAAUAUCCCAUAAAAUGGUCCGCAAACUCGACUGAGAGCUACAUGGCGCCUGACCUAAGGCGGUUAAUUCGUCGUUGUGGUGGACGCCUGAAAACAAACCCCAGUUUUCGUGGCAAAGAACUCUCUGACGUUUCAAUCUGGUAUUCACUCCUAGAGAUCUUUGUUUUCAACAGGCGGCCCUGGAACCGUGGAACAGACAGUGAUGAAAUGAAUCGAGCGGUUAAAGCCUGUACUGGUCCCUAUUUGACACUGUGCGAGCAUGGGAUAUUUGAAGUGACGGAAGCCUCUUCGCACAAAUUCUAUAAGAUCUCAAUCGAAAACGUUAUUGGGGAUGCGGAAUGGACUAUAAUCAGAUCUUGGGACGACUUCCGCGAGCUGAACAAGCAAUUGUCCAUUUUCCUGCCUGGAGCUGAACUCUGGCAACCAGGAUCCGCCCUUGAUAGGCAAAGCAAUUGGAUCAACUACCUAUCGGACGAAACGAUCCCCAAUCCUCGAGUCAUGGGCCCACUGCUAGGCUUUGCCCUCAGGUCAACAUUCCUACAACACGGCUCUAAGCUCCUUGAUCUAGCCAUGAGUUCCGGAAUCAUCGCUUUUCUCCGACCCACUGGAAGCUUAGAUGGGGUCACUUUGCGGAACGAAGGAUUUUCUGUGUAUAGAAUGGCUAUGUAUGGAGAACCACUGCGUAUCAUCAACUUGGGUGCUUUCAUACCCCCGAAGCUCUUUGCAGUCAUGAUGGUGAACCGAGUAGCAGAGUACGAAACCCCAGCCUCCACAUAUUUGAUAAAUCACGGGCAGUCACGUUUCAGUCUACUUCUUCGUUCGAAGUUGGAUCCAGAGUCAGCACAGAGUUUUGAUCUCUACACUGUGAAAGACGUGGCUGCCUCUGAGAGUCUGACAGCUCUCGAUUCUCCUCCAGUCCCGAUGUUACUUUCGUUUUCAAUUGGUUCUGCGUCGAAUCUACAUGAGUCCGAGUUUGAAUCGAUGAGCUUUCUCUUCUCUGAUUGGAUGGAUUUUAUAUUGUGGCAUGAGGUAUUGAAGCUUUUCAGUCGACUCGGGCCUUAUCCUGAUGGACCUUGA